GAGCUGGACCGCAGAGAGGAACUCGGAUCGACGGCGGGCAGGAGCAGCACAUCGACCCGCGAGUGCUGAAGAAGUGCCCGAUCUUCAACGGCAGAGACGAAGCCUGGCAGGAGUGGUCAUUCAUCUUCGAGAGCGUGUGCGGGAUGGGAGAUCUAGAGGACACCCUCGACGCAGCAUCGAGAGACCUGGCGGACCUGAAGUUCAGCGUGUUCAGUCCAGAACAGCAGCAGAGGGCCAAGCAGCUCUACUUCCUGCUGGUCAACACAGUCAGGGGCAAGGCACUGACGUUGGUGAGAGGCGCGGAGAAACAUAAUGGCAUCAUCGCGUGGAAGAGGAUCAAAGCUGAGUACGCGCCAGACGUCGGAGGGAGACACACCGCACUGUUGAUGGGGAUCUUGCAGCCAGGCUGGGACCAGAAAGCGACAAGCCAGGAGUUCACGAACGACAUGACAGCAUGGGAAACCCGCAUCACAGAGUACGAGACGGAGAGCACCGAGACGGUCAGCGACGCGAUGAAGAUCGCAGCGCUGGCAAGCCAUGCUCCCGAAUCAGUUCGAGCAAUGGUGAGACUGGCGACAGGGCCAGCGAACAGACGCUAUAAGGAAGUGCAGCAGAGCAUCCGAGAGCACCUCCAGUUCGGCAGGACCUUCAACAAGAACGGCAGGAGUGUCGGAGCCGAUGACCAGAUGGGACCUGCACCGAUGGACGCCGACGCAGCUUACAACAGUUGGAAAGGUGCCGGAAAGGAUCGCGGCAAAGGUGGCAGUGGCAAAGGCAAAGGUGGUUGCUUCAUCUGCGGGCGGCCUGGACACAGAGCUGAGAACUGCAGAUUGAAGGGUGAAGGAAAAGGCGACGGCUCAAAAGGUAAAGGUCGAGGUGGAGCAGCAGCAGGACCCAUGACUAGGUUCGAGGGCGACUGCAAGCACUGUGGCAAGAAAGGACACAAGUGGGCCGAAUGCAAAUCUCGACUCAGAGGAGAGCCACCAGCCAAACAGGUUCGACCAGUCGAAGAGAAGCCAGCGACGGCGGUCAUCGAGGAGGUGAAAGCGGACAACGACAACGAGUACGGGUGCAAGCUGCGCGAGCACUGGGGCGACUACAGCGACGUAGAGGGCCAGCACGAGGACACAGGCAAGCACGACGAGGAUCCAGAGGUGCACCCCUGGGAGAUCGAAGCCCACGAGUGCGAGGAUAGCCACGCGCAUGAGCACGCGGGCCAGGUCGAGACCAUUAAUGACGACGAGGUCGAGUCGCCAGAGGUUCAGGGCGACGACGACCAAGAGGGCGGCGACCAGAGCGACGAUGGCGACAAGUGGGUGUUCAAUGUGUGGAGAGACGGCCUCGACCAGGCAGGUGGCGAGUUUCUCCCCUUGGACAGCGCUUGCGAGGAGCACACCUGCCCGUGGGACUUCGCCGAAGAUGGAGUUGAUAUCGGACCUGGUGGAGUUCGGCUUCGAGGCGCGAACGGAGACAAGAUCCCGCCAGGGCGAAAGAUCUUCGUCGAGUAUGCGGCGCUGGACAUCAACGGCCACACGAUCAUCAACGCCAAGACGCCGUUCGUGCAGAGCGACGUGAAGGGAGCGCUCCUGAGCGCCGGCAAGCCCGCGAGGAACGGCAUCGACAUGCACUUCAAGAAAGAUGACCCGCGGCUGGAGAUCGACACCGACCGAGGCGGGCUCUUCAGCGACAGCUCGGUGGAAGACAUGCGGAAGAGGCUGAAGGAGCUCGAGGCCCCGAUCUGGGGCGCCAAGCAGCAGCCGCGGGGGCGCUCGGCGCACGCGGAGGCGAAGGUCGAGUUGCAGAUCAGGGAUGAGAAGUGGCUCGAGGAGCGCGCGAGGGGGCUGGCAGAAGCUGGGGGCCAGGGCGAAGUUAUCGUACCACGAGCUCCAGCUGAACCGACACCAGAAGAGCGAGCACGACACGAGGUCACGCACCUGCCUUAUCAGCCGCGGUGCGCGCGGUGCGUCAUGGGCAAGGGCAGGGCCAAGCCGCGCGAGCAGAGGCCAGAGGAGACGAAGGAGCUGCCAGAGUUCGAUAUGGACUUCUGCCACCUGAUGCAGGACCCGGAGAGGAAGCACAACCCUGGAGACCAGGCCUGGGCGACGACGCUGGCAUUGGUGGAUACGGCAGCGCAAAACCCCAUGGUAAUAGCAGCCCCGACGAAGUCCGACGAGACGAACUACAUCUCAUCAACCUGCACGUCUUUCGUCAAGCGGAUGGCCUACCCGAAGGCGAUGCUCAAGGUGGGCCCUGAGCAGGCGCUGGGAGUGAUCGCAGAGCAGGUAAGGCAGAAGUGCUUGACCGACGGGAUCAAGCUCGAGAUCAAGAAGACGCCGAGGUUCAGCAGCCAGAGCGUGGGAGCUGCGGGCAGAGCUCAGCAAUCAGCUGAAGGCCAGAUAAGGACGAUGAGGCUGGACAUGGAAGCGCGGUUAUGCAUGCAGAUCGACCCCUCCAUGGACACCUGGCCCUGGAUAGUGAGGCGCGCUGGCUGGGUGCUCGAGCGGUAUCACGCGAAGGCGAACCACAGAACAGCGUGCGAGGACAGCUACGGCAAAGCGUACCAGGGAGAAGUUCUGAAGUUCGGAGAAGCGGCGCUCUUCAAGUUGUCGGUCACGGCGACGGGCAAAAUACGAGGUGGAGUUAGACAAGGACGAGCUGACGACAGGCUCGAGAGAGGGAUCUGGUUGGGCAAGACGAUCGAGUCGGACGAGCACCUGUUCGGGACCAGCGAGGGCGUGUUCACCACCAGGACGGCCAAGAGGGCGCCAGUCUCAGAGCAGAGCCGAGCGGACCUCACCAAGGCCAUCAAGGGCACGCCGUGGGAUAGGUGCACCCAGAGCCACACGGUGGUGUUGCAGCAGCGGCAGCCCCAAGUCAGACAGCAGCUCCAGCUGGGGGCGAUGGCGCAGCUCCAGCUGGGGGCGACGGUGCAGCAAGCAUGGAUGCGAACGCACAGCGACGCCAAGACAAAGCUCAGCAUCAGGGCGCCGUCCGAGAAGAAGGCGAGGGUGGACGAGCUGGUCACGAUGGACGCGGAAGAGCACCAGGCGGACUUCGACGACGACGCCUACCUGCAGGAGAACAGGGACGAGUACCAGGGCGCCGACCCUGAUAUCGUGAAGGCCACUCUCAAGGGAAAGGAGAAGGAGAUGAAUGCGAUGGAGGAGUUCGACAUCUUCGACGUUGUUGGUACGAUCCCUGAUAACGCAGAUCUUCUGUCCACGAGAUGGGAAAGCACACCAAGAGGCCCAGACGGGUGGAGAUGCAGAUUCGUUGCGAAAGAAUUCAAGAGCGACGAUCCUGACCUCGAAGGGCUGUUCACGGCAGGAGCUACCAGCAGCACUGGAAGGCUCAUGGACCAGCACGCGGUGCAGCACGGUUACAACACGAUGGUCUUGGACGCCCAGAACGCGUACUUCCACGCCGACGAGGACGAGGAGGCGCACGUAGAUCCGCCAGUUGAGUGGGUCAAGCGGUACCACGCUCGCGGCGGCAAGAUCGCGAGGCAGUGGUGGAAGAUGAAGAAGCAGCUUUACGGGGAGCGCAAGGCCUCCAAUAAGUUCAACCAGUACGUGACGGACCAGACCAAUAUGCUCGGGAUCGAUCAGUGCCCCGAGCAGCCCAGCAUCUUCAGACGGCCAGGUUCAACACUGGUGUUCGAGGUGCACCAGGACGACAUCUACUCGUCAGGGAGCGACACGGAGUUGAAGUGGCUGAAGGAGAACUUAGCGCCAGUAUUCAAGCUCAAAGAGGCGAAUAUCAUGAAGGUUGGAUCAGUGCCACAGUACAUCGAAGACAUCUUGAGCGAGCUCGGGUUGACUGACUGCAAGGACGUGCCGACACCGAUGGUCAACGCGCGGAAGAACGAGGACCUGGAGUUGCCAGCCGCGAGCCCAGUCGACAAGAAGUCGUACAAUAAGUGCGUCGGGAUCCUCAGGCAUCUUCUGAAGUACAGGCCAGACAUCCCGUACGCAGUUCACGAGCUGAGCAAGUCACUCAGCGCACCGAGGGACCCAGACAUACAGAGGCUCAGACGGUUGGCAAGGUACCUGAAGGGCACGGCAGACUACGGGAUUUUGGUCACGAAGAGCGACAACACCGAGUACCUGUACGCCUACUCAGACGCAGCUUGGGCAGGAGACGUUAACGACAGGAAGAGCACGCCAGGCUGCGCGCUGAAGUUCGGCACGACGAACCUCAGGGAGUUCACGAAGGGCCAGAAUUGCCAGGCAUUCUCCUCUGGAGAGAGCGAGUUAUACGCGGCAGUCACCACGGUGGCGGAGGGCCUCCACAUGCAGAAGUUGAUGGAGUUCAUAGGGUUCCCAUUGGAGCUCAAGCUCAGGCUGGACUCGACGGCGGCUCGAGGCAUCAUAUCAAGGACUGGGUGUGGGGCGCUCAAGCACAUAGAGACGAGGCUGCUGUGGCUGCAAGCGAAGUACGACGAGGAGAAGCUCAAAGUUCACAAAGAGCCGACUGCCACCAACACGGCAGACGGCUGCACCAAGCCACUGCAGGCCACGAAGUUCGCGGAGUGGAGAGCGAGGCUUGGCAUGGGAUUCGACAACGGAGACGAGCUCGAGACCAGCAAGCGUGAGGCGGAUACCCAGAUAGCAGUGAUGGGCAGCUACGAGGUGGCGAGUCCGACGACGGUGACACCAUGCACGGCAUCACAGAUGAGUUGGGCCAUGCUGCUCAUGAUCAUCAUGAUCAGUCUAGUGGUUGGCUGCGUAAUGCACCACUACGCGGUGAAGAAGCUCACGGAGUUUCGCAGCACUUCCCUUGAG